GUAACGACCGCAAUGAUAGCCUUAUAAAAGCACAACUACGUAUAACAGUGCAAACAAUGCGUGGAAGUGCUUCAUUCUGAUUCCUAUUAAUAUAGUGUACAAAUGAAUUGCACAUUUCACAUUUUAUAUCUAAAAUUUUACAUUUUACACUUUUAUCGUUUCUUUAUUUAAUCUUUUUCCUUUUUAUAUACAUUUUUAGUGAUAUUAUGGAAUACGAAACUAACGUGAUAAAUUCAAGAAGUAGAAAAGAUAGAAGUAUUGUUUCUGUCAUAAGUCUAGCUAAUCGAGUCGUUUGUAAGAUAACCUGAAAUACGCGUUUUUAAAUGUAAAAUGCUAGAAAAUCAUCUUUUAACACUGUAUUCGGUAUUCAGGACGAAAUCAAGUAAUAGCAAGGAAAAUCAUUAACUUAGAAAUCCUCUAGAGAACAUUUUAGGAGACAUCACUACCGUAGAGUGGUUUCACAGAGGCCAAACUUCUAAUGAAAUCAUCGGAUAUAAGAAUAUAAUCACAGUAGACAGUUAUAGAGACAACUUUCUGACCAUUGGUUUUCGAGACCAAUUUUCGGCGUGCGUGUAACGUAAAUUAUAUUUUAUGAACGUAACUUCAGAACUUUGCGAUUUCGUGAGCGCAUGCGUUACAAAAGAUGUAUUCUAUGAAUAUAAUUGCAGCGCUCUGUUUCGACACUGACAUUUGCGUAUGAAACUUGUCAAUUUUUCACAUAGUUCGAUCCCUAGUAGUCGAGAAAAAGCGAUGGAGAUAGGUUUGUGACAUCGAGCAAGUCACCAGCACAUUUUAGUUUAUGGAUUCGAAAAACGAUAGUGGAAUCACAGCUUAUACGAUAAAUACAACUAAAUUGGAGUAACUGGAAAGCUGGAUACAAACUUAUCUAAUUUAAGUUACGUACCUUCAAAUUAUGAUAAAAUAACGUUGAUCCUAUGGAUAUGACCAGUAAUAAGAGGAACAGCACGAAACUGGAUGUUUGUGAUAUACCUAAUGUAUUCAAUACAGUCGCUAAGAUGACUGCAACUGCAUGUGAAAAUGCGAUUGGAAGGAAACACCUUUCUGCUAAUUCCCAUGUUUGACUGUCAUCCGGUUCUUUAUUUCCACUUGGUAAAGGCAUUUCUGAUUGAACUUUAUUAAUAUUUUAAACAAAUGUAAUCAGUUCCAUUCAAAUGAGAUAUGCGGCUCAGCUAAGAGCCCUAACUGGGCUAACUCUGAGCUAACUUUAAACUUAAAACAGUAUCUAGUCUCAUUGAUCUAUAUUUAACUACAGUGCUGUGUCUUAAGUUCAGAGAUCCUAGCAAAAGUUGAAUAUCUUACAUCAAUAAUAGCUGCUCCUUAACGAAUCAUACUAUGUUUCAUAAAAUGCUUUAUUUAAAUAAAAUUAUACUUAUUGAUCAAUUGAUUUUUACACAUUUCAGUUGAAAAUAAUAGUUACCAUUUCAAAAGCUGUGCAACUUUAAUAUGAAUUUUACGUAUUGAAAUAAGUAAAUAAGUGUACAAAUAUAAGGAAAACGAAAGCUUUCUUUCCAGCAGUUAAACUUUCUUACAAACCAAUUCUGAUGUAUAAUGAUUUAUAAUUGAACUGUCUAAAAUAACUUUCUUCUUGAACAUUUCAAAUUAAAAAAUACAUAUUAUUUAUAAAUAAAUAAUAAUUUCAAAAUGCUAUUUACAUUGUCUGGAUAAUUUCUAUUAGUUACACAUGAUUACAUUCCUGUCUAUUUUAAAAAAUCAAUCUGUAUGUCACUUUCAACAUAAAAAUUGAAUAUAAAUAAAUAUAACGUAUGUAUUCGUAAUUAUUAUUCGUUCGUCUCUUGUUUCGUAAAGAUAUACAGAACGAUAUCGUUGAUGAUAAAAAAAAGUAGUUUACAUUUGUUGAAAUAUAUGGCAUCGAAUCAUUAUUAAAAAAAUGAUUUUCUUUUAAUGUAAACAAUUUGACAGUAAUAAAAAAAACAUUGGUACUAGAGUGGGGUUGGUUAUUGAUUUCCGUGUGGGUGCCAUGUUGGGAGGGAAUACAUGAGGGUGUCUCUCAGUCGCACCGUACGCGGUAGUCUACAGAGAAUAUAAAUAGGAGGGGUAGUUGCACCAUUGACCCAGUGUUGAGUUGACAUACGGUCAGUUCAGUCACUCGAACGUUAUUCAUCUUUAUAAGCUUUUCAACAUUUUUUAUUCAUAUUUGUGAAUUGUUAGAAAUUAUAAAAAAUUUCAGUAAAAGCCUACAAUUUAAUGCAAUCCAAAACACUGCCCUUUCUUACCUACGUUCCAACCAUACAACUUUAUACCUAGUGCGUUUAAGUAUCGCUAUAACAUUUUUCUAACGAAAAUUCUAUAAAAAUUAUUUGUGUCCAGCAACAAGUUUAUACUGCUCGUCGAUUAAUGUGAAUACACGUCUGGUGUUGCGAUUUGAUUUGAUGAUCAUCGGCGUCAUUGAGAAACUGAUGUGCAACGAUAAUCAAGCCUUAGUAGCAGUCAAUUCUUUUAAUGAAAGUACAUUUUUUACAACAUAAAUUUAAUAUAGUUGACUGAUAUUUUUGAGUUAGAAGAACAUAGACAUUUCGGUGAGCAUUAAAAUUGUUUUCUGAUUUGCAAUUUGAAGCGGUAUGUCAGAAACAGCAGGAAUAUCACAGGGGCUGGGCAACCCUUACAAAAUUGUUGAUCAUGCUAGAGAGAAACGGAAAGGAAUCACUGCAUCUUCACUGAAAGAAUUGACUAGUAUUGCAAGAAGUCGUUUGUCUCUGCCCUUGGAUGCAGAACUUACAAUAGUUUUAGAACAAGAUGGCACAGAAGUAGAUGACGAAGAAUAUUUUGCAACUUUAGAAAGAAACACUAGCUUAAUGGUUCUACAUGGAGAUCAGAAAUGGAUAGCAGCUGGAAGUAGUAAGACUGCUUCUCGGUAUAUCGUCGUAGAUGAUGUUGAUAAUAUAGAAAGUGGUUUAAGAGGAGAUGAACUCAGAAGGCGUCGACCCCUAAUAGAACCAUUGGUAUCAUCGUUGCAUGGUGAUCCUUCACAUAUAUCGCUGCUCGGUGGAAGUGAUCUAGAAUUACUCAGUGACAUGGAUCCAGACAGCUUAGCUGACAUAGUACCCGACAGAAUUUUCUUGGAGCAAUUAAAAGAAGCUUCAGGCAGAUUCUUAGCUGAGAAACGACAAGCACAGGAGUCUAUGGCUCUUCUUCAGAUGUACGCAAAUGGUGGAGAGAUGGAGCGAGCGUAGGCCAUGUGGGGGGUGGGCGCCCUCACAUUGGCCAACAUGUAUCGAGUGCGGCGUCGUGUAUUUUACAAAGGUCGCCAAUUGCAACAAACCUUAAUCCUCUUCUGGAAUUGAGCCCAUAACAUUUAUAGCGCAACAUUCUAUUGCGCUACCUACUACCAUUGUGUACCAUUCAUGAAAAUUUGAAUGUGCACAUUGUCAAUGAAAAUAUUAAAACUCUUCUAUGCUGCAUUUUGAAAAGUGCAAUGGAAAUAGGAAGAAGUACAGGAACUAAAAAGUUCCUAUGUUUUACGGAUUGUCAAAAGUUAUUUCUGAAGUAUUUGCAAGUAUCCACUAAAUAUGUGAAUACAUAAAUUUAUUAGCAGAAAAAGUGCAUUGAAAGUUGAUGCUUGUUCAUACUAUAAGUUAAUAUUCUAACAGUAUAUAGUUAUACUUUCUAUUAAUAGUUUUAUUACUAGUAAAUUAUUUUUAGUGUUUUCCUUUUUAUUUUAUGCAAAUCAGUGGCACAAAUAUGUCAGUGUUAUUUAUUUGUAGAGUAUGGCAUAAGGAAUUGCUUUUCUGUAACACGAGGUCUUAAAUACACAUGCAUAGUUGUGUAUGAGCAAUUUAGCUGUUGAAUAAUCUGAAUGUAUCACGUAAAAACCAAAACUAUAUAAAAAUAUUAUGUCAAAGAAAACAUUCCGUCACGAUGUUGUCAUAUCAGUAUUAGCUAAAGUACGACAUAUUUGGUUUAUGAACUUUUGUAUGUAGAUAUAUUAUACCAAACUUUAGUUCAACGAAGAUCGAUGAAAUGUUUAAGACUGAAUU